CAAUAUAAAACCAAGGCGCAUAUUUUACUGUAAUCGAUUAAACGUCUCCGGUGAUGAUGGAGUAUAAAGAAUGUCUUUUCUGAAAAAUAACCCGCUGGAAUACAGCGCCUCUCUGGAUGAAGCUGUUGUCUUUUGUCGUGGAUCAUCUGCGCGUGGAUUUGUUUCGGCGUGACAACUGAGUUGACGCUUUCUUAAUUCUGGUUUUGUCGUUAACUCAUCAUCAUGCGGGUGUUAAUAUUCUUAACUGCGCUUCACGUCGCGAGCUUUCGUCCGGUGACUGGUUGCCCAGGUGUGUGUGUGUGCCCCGGGGGCACCCCCUCCUGCCCCCCUGGGGUGAGUGUGCUGCUGGAUGGGUGUGGCUGCUGCAGAGUCUGCUCCGCCCAGCUAGGCGGGGCUUGCAGCCAGACACGCCCCUGUGACCAUCAUAAGGGCCUGGAGUGUAACUACGGCAACGACGUAGGCCGCACACACGGCAUCUGCAGGGCUAAGGAGGACGGCAGGUCUUGUGAGUAUAGUGGCAGGAUGUACCAGAGUGGGGAGAGCUUCUCAGCGGGGUGUAAACACCAGUGCACCUGCAUCGACGGGGCAGUGGGGUGCAUCCCCCUCUGCCCCACCCUCCUGCCCCUGGCCACUCCCUCCUGUCCCGCCCCCCGCCUUCUGAAAGCCCCCGGGCAGUGCUGCCUCAGCCUGGCCUGUCACGGAGACUCCUCCCCCCCCAACACGCCCCCCCAGACACCAGCCUACCUCCCCUUCCCCUCCUAUCCCAAACCCCACACCAAGCCCUACCCUAAACCCUACUCCAAGGUCCACACCAAGCCCUACCCUAAACCCUACUCCAAUGUCCACAGCAAGCCCUACCCUAAACCCUACUCCAAGGUCCACAGCAAGCCCUACCCUAAACCCUACUCCAAGGUCCACACCAAGCCCUACCCUAAACCCUACUCCAAGGUCCACACCAAGCCCUACCCUAAACCCUACUCCAAGGUCCACAGCAAGCCCUACCCUAAACCCUACUCCAAACACUACAUCAAGCCAUACUCCAAACCCUACAGCUCACCUCCCAAGGUUGCCCUUGGUAACGAGUUGGUGGAGGCGUGGCCGGCAUGGGAGCAGCGAUCAGGUCAGAUGGCAGCUUGGAGGCAGGUGGGGGACCAGUGUGUCGUCCAAACGACCAGUUGGUCUCAGUGUUCCCGGAGCUGUGGGAUGGGCGUGUCCUCACGCGUAACCAACGACAACGGUCAGUGUAAGCUGGUGAAGGAGACACGCCUGUGUAACAUCAGACCCUGCAGCUCCCUGGCUCUUCCUGCCAAGAAAGGUAGAAAGUGUUCCCGCACCCACAAGGCUCCAGAGCCCCAGCGUCUGUCCCUGGCCGGCUGUCGCAGCGUGCGUCUGUACCGGCCCAACUACUGCGGCGUGUGUGUGGACGGCCGCUGCUGCUCCCCCCGCCGCACGCGCACCGCGCCCGUGACCUUCGCCUGCCCUGAUGGUGAGCGUUUCCAGCGCAGCGUGAUGUUCGUGCAGUCCUGUAAGUGCAGCGAGGAGUGCGACCACUUGAAUGACGUGGCCCUGCCCCCUCAGCGCUGGCUCCACGGAGACACACACAAGUUCGCCGACUAGCCCCCCUCACCCCCCCCCCCAAACCCCUCAGAUUACCUCCAGCCAUUAGCCCCCCCCAGUAUACAGUAGCCCACAGCCCUGUUCAGGUUCAGGGCUGCUAGAUUGACACCACAUCACACACUCCUGAACUCUGGGACUGAACCCCAGUGAUGGGACAGAGAGGGGUGGUGCACACACACUCAGCGAAGACUACUGCUCUUGCUGAUGCAGCUCUUCCUAGAGACAGGACACUGGGUGAGGAGGAGAGGACUGAAGAGGACAAGAGGAGAAACUGAGAUGCCUCCAGCCUCACAUCGGAACAACCAAUACUCAUGAAACCAAGAUGAAAGGAAGGAGGGAUGGAUGGAGAGAUGGAGGGUGGAAGGGAAAGAUGCUUGUGGUCUUAGAUGGAGAUGGUAUUUAUUGUGACAUUGACACAGAGGCUGCCCACUAAUGACGACUAAUGCUGUUGUCCAAUAGCAGAUGUGACGAGCUGUCUGAUUGGGCAGUCAGGUGAAAGCAAAACCCAAGAGCUAAAGAGUCUGGUGUGAACUUUCUGGGUUAGAGGUUGUAAACAAACCUGGGGUCGAGGUCAUGAAUAACCAUCCUACCAGGGUUCAGCACAAUGCGGAAGCUCCGAUGUCACGGGAAACAGCGGUAACUCGUCUCCUAGCAACUGGACCACAAUUAGCUCAAAGCUAACGGUAGCCAACUGUCACUCCUAAACCGACCUGUUCAGCAGAGACUGCGGGAGGCUGUAACGGAGAGUUUACCUGCCAGGAACGACGAGGGUCUACACUCCAGACCAGGCAUCCCUUUAGCCUGCCUCUCUAACCAGACUCACGUGCUUGUCUUGUUUGGUACAUUAGGUCUCGCCUGGCUUUUCUUUUUUUUUAUACAUACUGUUUUAAAACAAAGUGGUGGAAACUUUAUAAAAUAGAAGAAAACACA